UUCCCCUCUUAGAAACCACCAAUCGACUUGUAUUGGUAAGGGCGAUCUGGUUCAGAGCGAUGUGGGUAGAAGACAGUAGCAGAUUGGUGAGGCCAUUUAAAAUAGAUACGGAUGUUCCGUGUAACAUUUCUCCCAUCUCUGCCUCUUUUCUCCAUCCCUCGCGCGAUUAAGAAUCGUGCUGGAAUAUUAUCAUAAAAAGGUGGAGUUUGGUUGGAUUUUGUCGUCUCGCCAUUGGUGCAUUAUCGGCACGUCUAACCAGGGCUUGCAGUCAAGCACAAAGAACAAGCACGCGCCCUGAUUGGUCGGCGUUGAAAAUGAUAGGCAACUAUCGUGAGCCGUCGUCGCCGCGCGGAGAGACCUAGCGUCUCGUUCGCUCAACUUUUCGCCCGUAAUAUUUGUGCAUUGAGCCACGGCUACCGAGCAAAAGAGAGAGAAGAGGAGAGAGAGAGGAAUACUAAAAAAAAAAAAAAGCACAUCGGGUAAUAUUGUAUCUAUCGUUGAAUUCUUUUGCUAUUACUGUGUCGUGACGGCACAGAGAGCGCAACUACAGAAUACACGCUGUGUGAUAAUCUCUCGACUUUUGUGACCGUGGCUGUUACACGCUACUGUGUGAUACUACUACAAAUAUUCGUCGAGACCAGAGUUUGCAGCGUGUCUGUCUGAAAGUGAAGAUAUAAUCUUACAGCAUCGACCCAUCGAACACACACAAAUACUAGUCAGCUGAUAACACAACACCACAUAUUUGGUGUCCACUUCUGCUGUUUCAAGUCGCCUUGACGGUUUUCUGUAAUUUUAUCCUGCUCUGUUUUGUUGGAAGUAUACUGCAACACACAGCAUGUUUUUAUGCUAUAAAAUUGCACUUUGCCGAAACAGUUCGUCGGAUAUGUUGUGAAUUGUAAAACACUUGAGGAGAAACACAUCAAGUUGUUUUGUUUACUUUCAAUGCAAGUUUGAAGGAGUUUAAAUCGAGGGAUUGUAUUAUUUACAUUCUCCCGAUAUUCAUCGAAUUUUCAUCAAUCUGAAGAAAUUUUACAGCUGUGAAUUGUAAGCUGCGGUGUUUCUGAUCAUAUCUGGAACUGAGAUUUGUUGGAGUGGAGGGUAAACCCGCAAGCGAGGUCGCUUUAUGAGGAGCCCGUGAGCUACCGGUAAACGCCUGCUAACCUCUCCCCGACAAGUCACGCUGUAACAAGCCAUCUCCUGCUGUGCCAAUGUCGCCUUAUCAAGUGCAUCACACAUGUUCUUGCUAAACUUGGAACUGAACCUCUGAUUUGGGGUCCAGCUUACAUACUUGUGGACAAAUUCAAGUAGACGUGAAGUGGAAUAUUGUGGCAGCUCUUUGCUCCACUGACACUACACCGAACCCUUAUCACUCUCAGCGGGCUACAGUCGGCGACGAGCGACUCGCCACAAUAGGGUAGUGAUCGCAGCGGAGGCGAGCGAGAAUCAGCGGCCUUCAUGCUUUAUCACGCCGAUACCAAGCCGCUAAUCCAACCUUCAUAUUACGCCUAAGGGGCGUGAGAAACGCAGCAAGAAAUCUCCGGAAAACAACCAACCAUAUAACCCAUUUUUACUAUUUUCCAUCGUCGUUUGGCGAUCUCAGGCGUCAUCAUUCCUACUCUCGUGGGUAUCCGAUCCGUUGACGACGGGGCGAGGUGGUCGACGAAAAUGGUCCAAGUUUGUGCGGGCUGUGAACGGCCCAUCUUAGAUCGUUUCUUGCUCAACGUACUGGAUAGACCCUGGCAUGUCAAAUGUGUCCAGUGCUGUGAAUGCAAGGCUAAACUCACUGAAAAAUGCUUCUCAAGAGAGGGGAAACUCUUCUGCAAGAAUGACUUCUUCAGACGAUACGGGACAAAGUGCGCAGGAUGUCUUCAAGGAAUCUUACCUAGUGAUCUGGUGCGGAGAGCUCGUAGUAAAGUAUUCCAUCUCAACUGCUUCACAUGUAUGGUAUGUCGAAAGCAACUCUCUACGGGCGAAGAGCUUUACGUGGUCGAUGAAAAUCAGUUCAUCUGUAAAGAAGACUACCUCACAAAGUGCCAACGUAAGUCCUUUAAACCCCAUUACAACCUAAACUCCCUUUAAAGGUACUAUUUCUCCUAUACGGGCUAACAGUAGUGGUUGGAUUGUGCGUACAAACACCCGUUUAAAAAUGCGUGAGAAAAAGCAUCCUGAAAAGUUCAGGCAUAUAUUGUUUUGAAUGUUGAAAUCGAAAGAUGGAUCUGUAAUAUAUUAAUGUAUUACCUUCAAUAAUAUCACCGUGGUUUGUUCAAAUAUUUAUUCGUAAAAUUCAUGGAUUGGAUAAUUUGAUUGACUUACAAGGGCGUGUGCCAUUAUAUAUUCAAAUAAUCUGCAAAACAACCGUUCUUGGUGUUUCAUAAAAUCCAUGUUUUAACGCGUUUGCCAUGGUUUUGAUAGAGAGGGUUGCCUCAACGUAGUUGCAUUCAACGGGUUUAUCAACGCUCAAGUACUGCAUACAUUGACUUGCUGUACAUCGUACGGUCUUUAAAAUGCCGAUUUAUCAAUAGAUUUGAUUCGUCUGUAUAGACCUGAGUUUGGGAGAUAAUUAUGGGCAUGUUCUUUGAAAAUUAUACGUAUAGAAAUCCUGUCAGUAGAUCGAGUACCCUACAACACGAGGGUUUGAAUUCCAUCGAUACAAUUCACAAACAAAUUGUUGUUUAUCAUCCAACUGUGUACACGAGGGAAACAAACAACUCAAAUCAAGAAUUGGCGAAGGUGUCGCUUUUAUUCAUACCUAUCGAUCGCUAUCAGCGCUCGUACAGUUGGCAUAAAAGCGAAACUGUUGCAAUGCUUCCCCUUUCUCUAUCUCUCUAUCUCACCUUAGUGAUGGAGACCAACAAAUACACAGGUUCAAGGGCGGUCGUGCACAAAAUGCACUUUGGAGUCAGAAAAUAUAGGGGAGAAAUGGGUUUCUAUGAGAGAGAGAGAGAGAGAGAACGAUACAAAAGUCGGGACGUGCAACACUCGUCCUAUGUGUAUUUGCUUUUUCUUAGUUUUCCCCGUUUCAUAGAGGGAGAGAGAGAACGAAUGGAGACAAAGUGAAAACACGGAACGAGAAGAGAGAACAGGUGGGCUGUGGUCAAACAUGGGUCAUUGCUUUCUUACCGAAAAACAAGGACAGUUUCAUGUCAGUCCCACAUGUUGCAAAAUAUACUGGCAGUUGUACCAGCACACCAAUACAAAAUAUGAAUCUUACAAUGAGAGAAUCGAUAAAAAUGAUUUACUGCUAGAAAUCAUGCAUGCAGUUCGAAACUUCUACCAUCUUAUCGACCUUGAUUCUAUUGACUGGAA